AUGGGGAAUAUCUUUCAUAAUAAAAAUUGGAAAGAAAGUGAAGCUGAACUUGUAAAAGUAACCGAUCGCAUUCUUAAUACACUUGGCGAGAUGUGGAGCAAUCCCGUGUUUUCGACCCAUGCAUCUUGUAGUGAGCAGAGCGAAGGAACAUAUGUAACUGAAGUUAUAAUUCCUUUGCUUUGCUCAAGUUUAGGAAACCUUCCCAAUGGCUGUAUAGCUCUAAGUACGGCAGAACGCGAAAGUUUAGCAAGUAAAUUUCGACGUAAUAUAGGAAUGAAUGAGAUGCAUGAAGCGAAACUAUGGAGAGAAACUUUAGAUGGGGCGAGUUUCAUAGGCUUAUUAUGUAGACCACCUAGUAAUCAGUUUGGAGUUGUAGGGAUUCAGGUCGCCGGUACAGUUAUGAAAUUAAACAUUCUUGUAAAGGAUCCGGCCGGAAGACUGCGAUAUUUUCAUCUUGAUCAAGCUGAAAUCCCACUAUCUUCUCACACAUUGCAUACUAGAUCUCUUGUUUGUUUAUUAUUAACUUUAAAAAAUGUAAUAAUUGUGAACAAAAGCUUGCUGGAACAGGCAUUAGAAAAAGCUACAUUGCAUCCACCACGAAAUCCACAAUUACAGUCGCA